UUUUUUUUUCCAAAUUUUAAACACGUAUCUCACAGCAAACACUAUAUCCUCCAGUGGUGGUUAGGCUUCCUCAUCUGGGUUUCCAGUCCCAUAAAUGAUUCUCACUCUCGCAUGCCCAAUCCAUGAAAUUCCAAUCCAAAAAGUAACGAUCUUGAUUGUGCCCAGAAGCCCGAUCAAAAAGUGCGAUCGAUUUGGGUGCGACUGAACGACGUGCAAUCGAUUACCGCUACAACAAUGGGUGCGGCUGAACGGUCGGAGAUCUAUGAACGUGAGGUGAAGUGCUCAGGUGAUUGACUUCGAAGAUGUAUCGAUUGCACCAGAGAUUUGACGAUUGCUCUAUCAACUCUGAUGAUUGCUCUAUAACACACAAAAUUUGACACUCAUAAAAGGUACCAUGUUACAAAUUUUUUUGCACCUAGCAGUCGCUGUGAAAUCCCAGAUGAAUUGAAGUCGCUGAUUGAUAAAGCCCAUGAGUUAGGCCUGCUUGUUCUUAUGGAUAUCGUUCACAGCUAUUCAUCAAAUAAUACUUUAGAUGGACUGAACAUGUUUGAUGGGACUGAUAGCCAGUACUUCCACUCUGGGUCACAUGGAUAUCACUGGAUGUGGGAUUUUCAUCUUUUCAAUUAUGGAAGCUUGGAGGUAUUGAGAUUUCUUCUCUCAAAUGCAAGAUGGUGGCUCGAAGAGUUCAAGUUUGAUGAUUUUAAAUUUGAUGGUGUCACUUCAAUGAUGUAUACUCACCAUGGGUUGGAGUUAUGUUAAAAAGGAAUCUUCUGGUGUGCGCACCCAUAGAGUAUGGAACAUUGGAUCAAAUGGUGGCCUCUAUGAAUGAGGCUAAAGCAGAAGGAGCUGACCUUGUGGAGCUUCCCAUAUCUUUUUCUUCUAACAUUUCUCAACUUGAGAAACUCAUCAAACAACGAACUCUCCCUGCGAUUCUCUCCUUUAGGUAUCUCUCUCAUCAGUUCGUAAUACAUAUUUGAGUUUGAGUUUGAUUAAUAUUAUUAAUUGUUUUCCAAGAGCUUUUAAGUUUUAAAAGUGUAAUAUAAAGAGAAAACCAUAACUAUAAUUGAACACAAUCACAAACUCUUAUAGUUGUUGGUUCUACUUGAUAUGGGCCAGAAAUGUAUUCUGGUUCUAAGGAGCUCUGUAUAAUUUAUAACUACGCAAAUAUUAGUAGAUUCAUAAUUUUUAAUUUUAUAAACUUUUAAGUUUUAGUAGAUUCGAAAAUUCUACUGUAAGGAAAGGAAAUGGGUAUUUUCCAAGAUGAAGGUGAAUGUAAUCUCACGAAGUGGUAAAGAAGUAAUCAAGGGUGGCCUUGAGCUCAAUAACUCUGUAAGUUCUUUUUUUUUUUUGUAUAUUUUUUGGAAAAAUAAAAAUUGAGUUUAUAAAGAAAUGGAAGAAAUACGAUAAAGUUUGAAUCUUUUCCAUUAUUUACUUGUUGAGUUUUGGGUGAAAUGAUAAAAAGAGAAGGAUUUAGUGUGAAAGAUUCAAUCCUUCUGUUACUUGAAAUUUGCCAAGAGACUUUGAUUUUGUGUUUAUUUAAUUUUUAUGUUGUUUCUUCAGGCCACUGUAGAUGAUCUACAGGAGGCGAUUCAUAAGAGAAGUACGUAAUUGUUAAUAUUCAUUGGUUUGGUCAAAAUUAAUUUUCACUUGUAACAAUUGAUAAUUAUAUGAUUUCUAAUUAGUUUGGUCUAUUAGCUAUAGAAUUUUGAGAGGUUUACCUAUUAAGAAGUGAACUUUUAUUUAAGUUUCAGUUCAUUUUCAACUUAUCAACUUAUCAUUACCAUGAAUUUUGUUAUUUUGUUAAUUGGUACAUAAUUAAGUAUUUGUAAUAAGUUUUUUCUUUAUGGAGUGGCAGAGCUUCUUUAGCAUCCAUACUCUGUACCUGCAAUAUAGGAUUUUUUGGGAGCUUGUUAAAUGGUUUUGCUUCUAACCUUUUUUUACUCUUGAAAACACAAUUAAACGUGAUAGAAUAAAUGAAUUGUUAUCUCAUUAAUUUUCAUUCAUGCUUUAAUUCCUACUCAUCCUUUUGAAUCAGUGAUUUUUUUCUAUUAAGAAGGUUGGGAAGUAUACAUAACUUUUUAACUUUGUGAGCCAUGAAAUAUUGAUCAAAUGAAUCAUAGUCCACAUGUAUAUUUUUUUUCUUCCAGGAAGUUGUCUUAUUUAUUUGUUAGCAUUCAUCAUAUACUAAUAAGUUUUAUCUGUGUUUAUGUGAUUAGGCUUUUGUAUGAGAUAUAAAGUAAUUUGGUUUUUGAUUGUAUGUGUUUAGAGCCUAAAUUUGUUGCUUCUGAAAAUUCUAAGCUCCAUAUUUCUUUUGUGUUUUAUAUUGUAAGGUUAUGGUGAAUGUGUAUAUAGGAUUCUAAUAGAUUAUAUUUUCGAUAAGAUUUGGUAGAUAUUAAGGAGUUGUUAAAUUUAUGCAGUUCAAUAAUUUAGUUCGUUGUAGUGUUGUUUCUACUGUCCAACACAUAUGGUAUUGGACACUUUGUUCUAUUAUUAUUAAAACAUAUAUAUAUAUAUAUUACACGCUCUUGAUUACAAAGUAACUAUUUCAUCACUGACUGAAAAAUAUUGUUCUUUUCUAAUAGGACUACUUUUCAUUGUGGCUGCCAUUUUUACUUUUGAUUGUAAGUACGAUACAAAUGCACGAACAAUUAGUACAGAUGCUAUGAUUAAUCAUAUUAUAAUUAAUUUAUUCCUUGUUUAAAACCCGACUUAUGGUAAUAUAAACUCAUUGAUGAUGAUCAAUAUGGUAAUUUCACAAAUUGAAGAUAAUAUUAAUGGUGGGAACUAAGCUUUAAGUAAUCAUUACAAAGUAGGGAUUAAGCACAGGUGAUGAAUACUAUGUUCUCUGAGGAUGUCUAAUGUCGAAAAUGACUACUAUAUGAACUUGAAGGCACACCAUCUCCCAACAAUGGACCAGCUGCAGCAAGUGAAACACAAGAGACUAACUAUAAAGUUGAGAAGGAUGUAAGUGAGGAAGUGGUUCAGGAGCCAAGCUCAUCCUCACAACAAAAUGAAGUAAAGAUUUUCUUAUCUCACUUUUCAUUGAGGAAGUGAAAUAGAUAACACUACUAUUUCACUCGUUUUUUCCUUUCUUUUCUUUUGGUCAUGUACAUUUUGUUGAAGAUGAUGAUAUGUAUAAGCUUGAACAUGGUAAAAAUUACACUAUUGUCUCUAUCGAAGCAAAUGAAGAUUAAAAUCCACCAAUGAUUAUCAUUAGUUUUUUUAUCUACAA